CACUUUUGAAAAGAAUUUAAAAUUAUCCAGCUGUUGUAACGUAUUUUAGUUUAGUUUUAGUUUUGUUCGUUAAGUGUAAAAACUCAAAUCAUUUAAUAUAUUACAGUCAAUUACAUAAUGUCGUUUCCCAAAGCAAAAUUGCAACGUUUUAAUGAAGUACAAGGUUGUACACCAUCUCCUGCGGAUUACAAUGUGUCUUUAAAGAAUCAUGCCGGCCUUGCAACCAUCCCUAAAAGUGAACGAUUCACAGAUCUUCGUAGCCCGGCUUCGUCUGACCACAGUUUUGUCUCCAAUGGCCAUGCACCUAGUUUUAAAACGCCCAAUCCACCAAGAAAACAAAAGGUAGGAGCACCAAAUUCCAAUCGUAAAACGAAACCGGUCGAUCUUUUCGCAAUUACCGACGAUGCGGAAGCACUAAAAGAAAAGAUUGUAGAAUGCAAUAACAAAGAUCUGUUCAUUCAAGAAUUGACUGAACAUGUUGAAGAGCUAAAGCAAGACCUGAAUGAUCUUCAAAGUGUCAUCUCGAAACUGACGAAACGUAACAGUUCCCUCGAGUUGAACGUGGAAAAGUUAAGCGAUGAUCAUUCAAAGACCUUAACCGAGCUUACGAAAAAGCGCGAACUUGAGGUGGUUUUGGUCAAAAAGAAAGCGCUAGAGGUAAGUGGCAAGGUGGACGAGGUAAAGAAUAAAUUUGUUGCGUUAAAGGAGGAGAGUGUAGAAGAAUUGAGUAAUUUGUUAAAAUGUAUCGGUGUUCUUCAGAAUUUGUUAGAUUUGUUAAGAAAAAACACUCAAAUGAUAAUUGCGGAACAAACUGAGGAAUUGAUUCUGAAAAAUAAACAAAUAUACGAAUUUGAAAAGAGUAUAAGCCAGCUCAAAGCAUUACAUCUUCAGGAAAUUCAAACUCUGGAAAGUGAUAUGCUGAAGACUGUAAGUAAUAUGCAUAAUAUAAUCGACAAUGAAAAAGAAAAUGGAGAGAAACGGGUAAAUGAAGUAACAAAUGCGAAAGAACAAGAAAUUGGUACUUUGAAAGAGAAGUUUGACAAAGAACGGUUGAAGUUAAUUGAAGAUUACGAAAUGAAGAUUCAGCAAAUGAAAGAGAAUUUUAAAGAAGCGACAAUUUUGACAGAAAUCCAGACAAGAGAGAAAUGCGAAACCAUCGAAUCAAGUUGGAAAGCCAAAGUUGAGGAGGUGCAGCUUGAAGCAGAUGCCAUUUUGAAAGAGUGCCAGGCAAUUGCCGAAUAUAAUAUCAUCCAAAGUGAAAUAGAAAAAAACAAAGUAUCGUACGAACUAACCGAAGAGAAGAAGAAAGUUGAGGAAUUACGAGCUGAAAAUUUGGAAAUGAAGAGUAGUUGCGCCGUGGCGGAGACGAAAAGAAAAGAAAUCGAAACGCAGCUUAGCAAUGUUAUCAUCGAAUUAAAUACUAUAAGAGAAGAAUUAGGUAAAGAAAUUACAGAAUGCAAGGAGAAUGUUAGGGCAGCAACUAAGGAUAAGAAUUUAUACGAGUUAACAGUACAGAAAACACACAAGACUGUCGAAGCUUUAAAAAGGCGGCUUAUGAAGUCUGACCAGGAUGUAGAGCAGCUAAAAGCUGAACUUGAGGCUACCGAAGAGUCGAAACUUGAGGUUGAGGGCAAAUGCAACCAGCUAAUGCACGAAUUGGAAAUUGUCACAGACUUGUGCGAUAUUAUCGAAGAACAAAAUAAAAUGACGGUCGAUUUAGCCGAACAAAAAGUGCUUCAGUUGAAGGAGGAACUAUGUAACAAAAUUGAUGAUUUUAAAUCUAAAUCGAAAGCAGAAAUUAAGCUUAAGGAAGACGAGCUAAAUAAAGUAAAGAAAGAUUUAAGUGAAGCGAGGGAGUUACUUCAUGAUCAGAAUAUUUUAAACUGCAAGGCUCAAGAGUGGAUUUCCCUUUCGCAAGAUGAAAUCAAGCAAUGUGAAGUACUGGAGAAGAAGUUACUCGCGAGCGAGGAUAGUCGACAUAAUUUACUUAAGGAAAAUUCGAAGCUCAAAACUGUAAUUGAACUCAUGCAGGCUAGUGAAAACGAUUUGUUAAAACAAAUAAGUGAUCUUAAAAAUUGCGAACCCGAACCUGUGCCUCUGCCUGGAACUGAUGAUGACUUGAAGGAGAAAUACGGGAAACUCCUGGAGCAGUUAGAGUCUGUGGAAAAGGACAACGCUCAACUGCGCAUGCAGGUCGCCGAGCAAAACGCAUUAAUCGGUCCGUUCCGCGACAAUUUGAAAUCGUACGAAAUGGAGUACAACAUCUUGAUGAACGAAAAAGAGCACGCAGAGAAGGAGGCGCACGAGAUGGGCUUGAAAUACGUCGAAAUUCUGGGACAUCAAAAUCUGAAACAAAAAAUAAAACACCUGGUAGACCUUAAGAAGAAAAAUGCUAUUUUAACUGAGGAGAAACAAAAACUUGAAGUUAAAUUACGAAAUCAAGCUCGCACCAUUGAAAACUUGAAAUCACAGGUAUCAACGCCAAAGAAAUCGUCGAAGAAAGACAAGGAAAACUUGGAUCAUUCAAGCGGUCGUAUUGAGAGUCCAGGUCCAUUGAGAGAUCGCAACUGAACCAAAUCUGUUAUGUGGAUGAAACCAAAUUUUAAAUUUGCAAACUGUGACUCGAUUUUGUUUUUAUUUCUUUGUUUAAUUAUUGCAACAUUCACUAGGAUGUAGGAAAUCAGUUAAUGUUUGCCCAUAUCUGUACAAACGGUAAUUUUUGCCAAAUGAAUAAGGCUGAUCUUGAAUAAAACUAAGCUACUUUUAUAUUACUUUUAUUUAUUGAUAGUUAUUAUGAUACACAAAAUUUGGUGGACGAGGAAUAUACAUUACAAAUAAAAUGAUUCACAGAA